UCCUAGGGCGUGGUUGUCGUGCUGGGGGCGAGGUCACCGUGCUGUGUCAGUGCGGCAAUCAGCUGUUGUUCGGAUCCGCUGUGCUCGUCCUCUUCCUGGGCCUGUCACCUGAGCCUCGUCCCGCCGCCGCCGCAGUUUCCCGGUGCUUCUAGUCUCUGCGCUCCGUACCCGCCGGGUCAAUGAGCCGUUCGCUCCGCCCAGCGCCGGGCUCGGGCCGAUGGACACUAGCGACCUGUUUAGCAGCUGCAGGAAGGGCGACAUUUUCAGAGUGCGAUACCUUGUGGAGCAGAGAGACGUGGAACUGAACGUCCGGGACAAGUGGGACAGUACGCCCCUGUACUACGCCUGUCUUUGUGGACAUGAAGAACUUGUCCGCUACCUUUUAGCCAAUGGAGCAAAGUGUGAAGUGAACACGUUUGAUGGCGAGCGCUGUCUGUACGGAGCCCUGAGCGAUACCAUCCGCCGACUGCUCAAAGAUUACAAGCAAAUCACGGCUAAGUGCAUGCAAAGAGAUUACUACGAUGACUUCCUGCAGAGACUCCUGGAGCAAGGCUCUUAUAGCGACACCAUGUUUCUCGUCCAUGGGGAGUCUUUUUGUGCACACCGCUGCAUCCUCAGUGCUCGUAGCCCCUACUUUGCUGAAAUGUUUGAAACCAAGUGGAAGGGGAAAAAAAUGAUUGCUCUGAAGCACCCGCUGAUCAAUCCAGCUGCCUUUGGCUCCAUUCUUCAGUACCUGUACACGGGUCGAAUGGACAUCGAUGUGGAACACGUGGAGGACUGUAAGCGGCUGUCCAAGCAGUGCCGACUGCAGGAUCUGAUCGAAGAGCUGGAGGAGAAGUGCCAAAAAGUCUAUGAAUUCGUUUCUUCCAAGCCGGGGACAUGUGUGAAGGUCCUGACCGUAGAGCCUUCUGGGAAUGGACGGCUGCAGGAGGACCUGGCCAUGCUUGCUGACUGUGCCCUGCCCGCCGAGCUCCGGGUUGGGUUCGGGGAGCUGCCUUUCGACAGCACUGAUAAUUUCUCCAGUUACCCCGACGUCUGCUUCCAGAUCGUGGGCUACAACUUCCUCUGUCACAAGUCGUUUUUCUGUGGCCGAAGUGACUACUUUAAAGCCCUCCUUCAGGAUCACUUCUGUGAGAGUCAGGAGCUGCAGACGCAGCCGAGCGUCCCGGUCAUCACCCUGCACAACAUCAGCGAGGAGACGUUUACCCGGGUGCUGUACUACAUCUACACCGACGACACCGAGCUUUCCCCGGAGAACGCAUACGAGGUGCUCUGUGUGGCGGACAUGUAUCUGCUCCCAGGGCUGAAGCGGCUGUGCGGUAAGAUCUUGGCGCAGAUUCUGGACGAGGACAAUGUGGUCACCAUUUGGAAGACGGCAAAGCUUUUUCAGCUGACGCGGCUGGAGGAUCAGUGCACGGAGUAUAUGGCCAGAAUUAUCGAAAAGCUGGUGGAUUCGGAUGAGUUUGCUUCUGCAGUACGUGAAGACGCUGCGGAGGUAGAAGAGCGCCAGGAGACAGACUCCAUCCCGCUGAUUGAUGAUAUACGCUUCCACAUCGCUAACAACGUGCAGACGUAUAGCGCCAUAGAAGACGCGAACCAGCGACUGGAUGCUUUAGAGCAGCUGCUGGGCAUUCUGGGGCUGGAGUGCUGAGCGCAGUCUGUGUCCUGCUCGUAGAGCGCUCCGAUACCUUGCCACGCUUUAUGCAUUAAAUGAUGUGGGAGCAGCACACAACGUAUUCAGGGGAGAUCCGAUAAGCUACUGCAGAUGCCUGGCUGGAAACCAUAUAACUGAACAAGCCCUUUAAUUAUUAAAGGGGUGUUUUCAAGAUCUCUGCUUGCUGUCAUUUAGUUGGAGCCAUCAUUUAGUCCUGGCUGUGUGACGAAAGCACAGGUGUCGCAAGACGCGGCUAUGCUAGCUUUACUGAAAUGAGCCGUGCACCAGUGUGAGCAUCACGUGACCAGGGCUAAACUGGAAGGAAACAGUAAAGGAGCCUAUGGAACAACAGCGAGCAGAGAUAUUGAAAGCAGCACGGAAUUGAUUCAAAAAGUGUAUUGGAAAAUGUUAGAACUCUUCAUGAUAUAUAGAAUAGCUUUUCAUUUGCUGAAACAGGAAUUCCCCUUUAAGUUUAACGUAUAGCUGUCAGCGUGUGUGUGAGAUGUGUCGUUAGACUGACUCCACGCGGUCAGCAGCAUCACUGUAACGACCUCUUAUUAUGAAGAUUUAUUAAUGCAUUUCAAAUAGUCA